UUUACCAAAAAAAAAGAAAAAGUUUAAACAAAAAACUCAGCAGCACCAUCAAAUAACAAAAAAUAAAAUAAAAAACAUCACUCGUUUGAAACAAGUUGGAGUCGCAUCACUGAUCUCAACUUACCGGGAAACACAGCGGAAUCGAUCGUCGGCCGCCGGAAAAGUGAGAAAAUCCAUCCAGAAAAUUCUAAAAUAAACAGAGUUGAUGAUUUGCCAAUAUGAAUAAGUUGUUGGAUUUUGGGAGGAAAGCCCUAUAUUAUGUUAGGGUACUUUCUGGAUAUGAAGAGCGAAGAAUACGAUCUUUUAGGCUGCAGCUUGAACAUCGUGUCCAACAGGCACAAGCAAGGAAAGCAGCUAUAAAUAAAGUACCUGAGCAGAUUAUUUUAUCUGAGGUUCGUCGUAUGGUUGAAGAGAUGCAAACACUGAACAAGAAGCUGGAAGAAACAGAGGUAGCCAUUGAAGAAUAUUUCAAGCCUCUUGACAAGGAGGCUGAGAUUUUAAUGAAAAUGCAACUACAAGGGGAAGAGAAAAAGAGUGAAAUGAUGAUGAAAGCAUUAGAGGAACAAGCUUUGCUUCAAAAAGCUGAAGCAGAAAAAAUUACAAGCAUGCCUCCAACAGACAAGAUUGAAACCAACCAGAAGGAAUCUGAGAUUCCGGUGAACGACAGUGUGCAUCAUGCAGACAAGCCUGCUAUCAACCCGAUCCUAGCAUCCACAAUCACUCAUAAAGGAAGCUGAGAUUAGAUAAUUUUUUUUGCAAAAUCAUGGAUUCUUAAUUUUUGAACUCGAAAAUGUAUUUCGCUUUAGUUGUUGAAAGUGUUAGCAGAUGUGUAGUUUAUUUGUAUUAUUUAAAAUCGCAUCUUGAGGUGUGAUCAUGUUACUGUACCCUUUUUUUAUGAGGCAUGGAAUGGUUAAAUAAUAAAUUUGACGCAUGUUCUAAUACAUGUCAAAACAUUUAAAUUUUGUAA